AUGACCUCGGCCCCGAACAGCGCCACCAACGUCUACGACCCUGUCGAGGUCGCUAGAGCGAAUCCGUACUUCAAGCGGAACCACAUGGGACAGGUGACCUGCACGCUCUGCGGCAUCUACUGCCCCGAGGAGAACAACUUUCUGAAGCACAUCGCCGGCAAGACGCACACGCUACAGCUCGAGCGGCGCCAGCACAAGGAGCUGCGCCACCUCCGGCUGCAGGAGGAGGAGCGCCGGAACACCGAGGCGGAGGAGCGGGCGCGCAAAGAGGAGGCGCUGCUGGCUCUGAGCGGCGCGGCAGGCGGUGCCGGCACGUUGGGCUCUGCAGGCGCUGCCGCAGCCAAUGCCCGUUUCGGUACCCCGCUGUAUUCCUUCCGGACGGAGCACGACGAGGUGGCGUAUCGCACCAAGGUCUGGGUCGAGGUGAUGUUCACGCAGGCCGAGGAGGGCACACGCCCGCUGCAUCGCUGGAUGUCGGCGCGCGAGCAGCAUGUUGAGAAGCCGGCGGAUGACUAUUUUGUCUAUCUACUGUUCGCUUGCGAGGGGUACGCCACUAUCGCGUUAAAGUUUCCCGCCAAGACAAAUCGCUCACAGCCGCGAGACGUGCUGGAGGAGGCGGACGGGAGCACGUCGGAGGCGUACUGGUGCUCCUGGGAUCCUCUGCAAAGGGUGUACACACUUUUCUUCGUACUCAGUCGCUAG